AUGCCGGUUGAUGGAGAAGAGACGCAUUUAGUCUUCAAGCUUUACGAUCCUUCCAAACUCCACCACAGGGUCAAUGUGGCUGGAACUUUUAAUAAUUGGAACCCAAAUGGUGAUUUGUUAUCCUUUGAUUUGAAGACCAAGACUUGGUUGCUUGAUUUGUUGGUGGACCUGCCUGUGAACGAAAGAGUUCUAUACAAAUACAUAGUCGAUGAAGGCACUUGGAUAUGUGACGGUGAAGCUCCUUCCACUAAAGAUGAGCUGGGGAACGAAAACAAUGUCACCUAUGUAGUUGCUAUCACUCGGGAUCAACCGGAAGCUGGCCAAAAAGACAAUGGCCCAUUAAAUAACACUUCUGACCAUGAAAAUGAGCUCUUUGAGCCAAGUGAAGAUGCCGUUCAAGAUGGCGGAUCUGCUCCCUCUAGUGGUGAAAGUGACACUCAUAAUGAUGUUCCACAAGCUUCGCAAGUCCUAACUCGCCGUAAUGUUCAUAAAAGUGACUUUCCUGAUACACCCAAUGUGGAAGAACAUAGGCCAACAACGUCGUUCUGGGACCAAGUCAAGUGGUUUUUCCAUUAUUUACUCUCAUGGUUUUAUCCACAAACACAAACUUGA